AUGGGAGCUAAAGCAUCUAAAUUAUCUAAAGAUGAUUUAACAAGUCUAAGACAGGCAACUUAUUUUGACAGAAGAGAAAUUCAGCAAUGGCAUAAAGGAUUUUUGAGAGAUUGUCCAACUGGACAAUUGACUCGUGAAGAUUUUAUAAAGACGUAUAAACAAUUUUUCCCUUUUGGUUAUCCAGAAGAAUUUGCAGGCCAUGUAUUUUCUGUAUUUGACAAGGAUAAUAAUGGUUCAAUCGACUUUAAAGAAUUCAUUACAGUGCUAAGUAUCACCUCUAGAGGAACUCUUGAAGAAAAACUGGUUUGGGCUUUCCAAUUGUAUGAUUUGAAUCAUGACGGAUAUAUCACUUUUGAUGAAAUGUUAACUAUAGUAUCAAGUAUUUAUAAAAUGAUGGGUUCCAUGGUGAAAUUAAGCCCCGAUGAAGCCACUCCCGAAUUAAGAGUACAAAAGAUUUUCAAAUUAAUGGAUAAAGAUGAAGAUGGCUAUAUCACUCUCGAAGAAUUUAGAGAAGGCUCGAAAGUUGAUCCUUCAAUAAUUGGUGCAUUAAAUUUAUAUGAUGGUUUGGUGUAA